CCCUCUACAUUAUCGUUCAUUGUUUGGCGUGAGAGCUAGCCUAAGCCAACCUGCUAGUAGGAGGCUAGCUGGAAAUAAAACGAGCUUCAGGCUCUUGUGCCUACAUAAACGCCCAUAUAUCUUUCCAGCGUUUAUUUGAGAGACUGUCAGAUUCAAAAUGAGCAAGAGGAAAGCGCCACAGGAGUCGCUAAAUGAGGGAAUAACAGACUUUCUCGUCGAAUUGGCCAACUACGAGAAAAAUGUCAACAGAGCAAUACACAAAUACAAUGCAUACAGGAAAGCAGCAUCUACGAUUUCUAAGUACCCUCACAAAAUCAAAAAUGGAGAAGAGGCCAAGAAACUGGAUGGUGUUGGAGCUAAAAUAGCAGAGAAGAUUGAUGAGUUUCUGCAAACUGGCAAACUUAGGAAACUGGAAAAGAUCCGAAACGAUGACACUAGCUCUUCCAUCAAUUUCCUCACCAGAGUUACUGGAAUUGGACCUGCUGCUGCAAGGAAGUUUGUUGAAGAAGGGGUGAAGACUUUAGAAGAUUUGAAAAAGAUCGAGCACAAGCUAAACCAUCAUCAACAGAUUGGCCUGAAGUACUUUGAAGAGUUUGAGAAAAGGAUUCCAAGAGCUGAAAUGGAAAAGAUGGAGACUCUUAUUCUUGGAGAGUUGGAGAAAGUUGAUCAAGAAUAUAUUGGAACAAUCUGUGGAAGCUACAGGAGAGGUGCUGCAUCGAGUGGUGAUAUUGAUAUUUUGCUGACCCAUCCAAACUACACCUCUCAGACUGAGAAGCAGCCAAAACUCCUUCAUGCUGUGGUUGAGCAUUUGGAGUCCAUCGGGUUUGUGACUGACACACUGUCCAAAGGAGACACCAAGUUCAUGGGAGUCUGCCAGCUGCAGCAGAAUGAUGAGGAUGACGAGGAAUACCUUCACAGACGUAUUGACAUUAGGUUAAUUCCCAAGGAUCAGUACUACUGUGGAGUUUUGUAUUUUACUGGCAGUGACAUCUUCAACAAAAAUAUGAGGACCCACGCACUGGAGAAGGGCUUCACUCUCAACGAGUACACUAUACGACCACUGGGGGUCACUGGUAUGGCAGGGGAGCCUCUGUUGGUGGAUAGUGAGAAAGACAUCUUUGAUUACAUCCAGUACAAAUACAGAGAGCCGAAGGAUCGCAGCGAGUGAAGCAAAGGACAGCUUUACAGUUAGAUCUGGAAUUAAAGCCACAAUUCUCCUAAAA